GCACCUGUAUCCAGUGCGCCUGUCCCGCUCGGAAGAAAGUUGGCGGCGCAACGGUUACGCAGCGUGCGUCUCAAGGGCAAAGGAAGCGAGGAAAGCGAUCACAAUAACAAAUGUAGAGCGCUGCACCUUUCCGCGGCUCUUUCUGGCUCUGCCUGUGUCUGUGUGUGUGCGCGGACUGCCCUGCUGCUGCUGCUGCCUCAGCCGCAGAUGCACUUCCAUGUCAGAGGAGGUUCGGGGUUAUUUAUGAGGAGGUAAUUUUUAAAGAACGAAAGCAGCGGAGAGAUGCGCCCGGAGAGGAGACGUCACAUUUGAAUUUGGAGCGACAGUGGAGUGAAAGCGUGACCGAAUCAGAGGAGAGGAAUAUGCAGAGCUGUUCCUCAGCACGGCGGAUCUUCACCGGAUAAAACGUCCUAUUCCUGGAUGAUGCCGUUUUGUGUGUGUGUGUGUGUGUGUUCAUUAUAGACACGCCAGGAUUUUCUGAUCGCUCCACGUUUCAGCGGGAAUCUGUAUAAUCCUUCCGUCACGCCACGCCAGACUGGAACCCCCCACAUCAUCACUGCCUUCAAGGGAUCCGAGCCAAACGGGACCGAUUGAAGAAACGGGCUUUAAUUUAAAGUUCAUUCAUUUUUUUCAAGACAAAGGCCCGAAUCUGCUGCUGUGCUCCCAAGGUUAUACACUAAAAACACGCACAGAGAGGCACACGCCGUCUGUGCUGAACUUACUUCAGUCUGGAAACUGAUCCUGGGUAUGUUUCUGCUCUAAUUUAAGCCCAAAUGCAAGAAAGCAAAGUUGAUAUUCCAGCUCUGAUGAUGCCACCCUGGGAGCGCUUCCAAGGAAGGGAGACUGGAGAAUGAAAGCGGGACAUCUGCGUCUGUAACCGGCGAAGAAAACCAACACAAGCCACCUACUCUUGUCUUUUUCUUUCUUUCUUCUUUAUUUUGGAUUGGACCAAAAACACUUUUGAAGGUGCGCCUUUUGACUCCUGCACGAUGGGGAUUAUGCUCCAAGUUGUUUUAGGAAUGUUUCAGUUCCUGCUGCUCACCAGAAUACCGACCUUCCAUGCCAAGCUCGCUCACUGGCGGCCGGCAGACUCCCCCAGAUCCCGGGAAGGCCGGGAAGUGCGACGGUGGUUGGAGGUGUAUUCCCGCAGCGGCUGCGAGCCUCGUGACACUCUGGUGGAGGUUUGGCGGGAGUUGCCGGGGGAGAUCCAUCACCUCUUCGUCCCGUCCUGUGUGUCUGUGAAGCGAUGUGGCGGCUGCUGCGCCGAUGAGGCCUUGGAGUGUGUGCCUUCCCUAACACACACUCUCACCAUGGAGCUGAUGAGAACGUCCUUCAUGAAACACGAGCUCAUCGAGCUGCCCUUUGUAGAGCACAGCCAGUGCGAGUGCAGGUUAAAGGAGCAGUUCCAGCCAACACCCACUACCAGGCUCCAUUUGAAGUCAGCAGGAAAAGAGAGGAAAAAAGAGGGGAGGAAGUCCAGGCAGAGGAAAACCGGAUCCAUCAGAUCUGUAACCCACACUUCUCUGAUUCCUCCCUCCACGUUUUCUCCUCCUCCACCUCCUCCUCCCACCACUCUACCUCCUCCUUCCUCCUCACUGAAGCCUCGGUGCCGCAUGUACAGUUCUCAGAUGAAGCAGCUCUCCGUGAGAACCCAUGCUCCUGUGAUUCUUCCUUCCAUGCCCCCACCUCCUCCAUCUCUUCUUCCCACCACCCUAAGCCCCUCUCUGCCUCCGUCACCGACACCUCGGUGUCGCCCCUGCAGAGGAAGGAAGUGGGCCCUGGAUGGAACGUCGUGUCAGUGCAGAUGCACCCUCAAAGCCAAGAACUGCAGUCGAAAAGGCCAGACUCUCAACUCUCAUCGUUGCAAGUGUGAAGCGACAAGGACUUGAUCCGGCCAGCCACUUGCUUCAUAUCCCACCAAAUAUCUUUAUCUCCAUCACCUGUUCUGAGCAUCUGUGCAAUAGACAGUGCAGAUGGUUGGGCGUCCAGUAUCAACCAGAAGGACGUAUUAGUAGAAGCACACACUAGAACCUGUACUCGUGCAUCAUUACACCCUAAAUGUGCUGUAGAUCUGUAUGUGUGCAAGCAUAUUUUCCACUUUGUCGCUUCUGUGGCAGAGCUUUGUGUGUGCGUGUGUGCGUGGCGUGGCCUUGUCUUGUGUCCCCACCAGUGGCUACAAACAAAGCUAGGUGUGUGUGUGUGUGUGUGUUUAUGCACAUUCUGUGUCACUUGAGUGAAGGAUGAAGGCACUAGGACUCUGCUAAGUUGUUUUGUGUUGGAGACUGGAUUUCAACUUAACUGCACAAGAGACCAGACUGACUGGGCCAAAGUGUCCUUCAUGUUGAUUUUUCAGUGGAAGGAAAACUGCACACAGGUUUAAAUCAAGAGGAUUUGAGCAGCAGCAACAGCAGCAGCACCGUGUUAUCGGUGGACAUAUGUAUUUUGAGACGCACCAGAAGGAUACGGGGCAUGUUCAUGAGCUGGCACCCCGGUGUCUCUGGACCUAACAGAGAGGGUGAAUGUUGGGACGGGUGGUAUCUGUGUGGUCUGCUCACUGAAAGACACAGAUGGGAUAUCCCUGCAACCGUUCACUCUCACUCAAAGCAUAUGACCACGGGCUGGCUCUCCAAGCCUCUUUCCGGCAUUUGUUUAAUUUUGAGCCCUUUGUGUUCGUCUCUCUUCAGCUCCUCAAUUGAAAGGAGCCGCAUUGCCUCUCUUUGCCUCUCUUUGCCUCUCUUUUCGGCAGUGAGGAGAAUGACAAUAAUGAGGCCUGGCGGCUCUCCACGGCUUCACUCACACAAACAUUCACACUUAUACUACCAGGAACACAGACGUCAAGCUAAAUGCAGACAUUGACGCUGCUGCGGCACACAUGCAUCCGUAUCUAUACGCAUACAUGCAAUGUGAAAUGAAUGCUAGUAGCCAUAAGUCAUUUGUGCAAAUAUAUGUCAGUUGUUUCUCUGCAAUUUUACUGCAAAGUAAGCAUAUAUAAAGUAUUUUAUAACAUGUCACUCUUUUAUAUUUUAUUAUAAUUGUCCCAGGUUGAUUGCCGAGGUAAUGGAGAGUAUAUAUUUGCGGGAAGUGUCUUUGUUUUGCUUGUGUUCAUCUUUAAUCCGCCUGCAUAACGACUCACGCUGGGUGGCCUGCUGGUUCGAUGCCCAAAUGUAUUGAAUUUAAACAGAGAGGGCUAAAACGAGUCACAAAUGGUAGAUUCUAUAGAAUUACAAAGUGUAAUUCAAACAAUCAGUGGGGUUGUGUUGUGUGCAGCACACAGAAACCAAGCAAAUAGCCGUCCCCGGUGCAAUGAAAGGAAAACAUAGCUAUUGUUGUUGCAUGUUAGAGCCCGGAUGCAGGGAGUGUUUCUCACCCAGAGCAUAACUUGUUUAUAUUCAGGCUGAAUCUCACGGUUUUACUCAGUGUUACUUUAUGACGGCUCGGCUGCAGAGUCGGGAAACAAAGAUUUACUUCCCGAGCAGCUUGUCAGUCAGUCGGUGUGUGGAGCUGAAGAAGUGGCAGGUCAGAGAGUUUAAAGUCUUUUUUUUUUCCUCCCUUCAAUUCCCAUUCAGAGCUUGUCUGCUGUGCCAAAUUUGACUGAGAACGUUUUAGCCGUGACGUAUUAGGGCUUGGGGUUAGAAAACUGCUCAACAAUAGCUUGGAAACGCCGCGAUUCACGGCUCAGUGUUCAUACAGUCCCGCUGAUAGAAGAACGGUCACCCAGAAACAAGCUACCAUCCACAGUGUGAAUUAUUUAUGUGUCGGCACUGAAGCAGCAGAACUUUGUUUCGGUGGCUGCUGUGAUAAGCUUUGUAUUUAUACUCUCCUCAGAUGAGAUUAUGUUUUUUUUUUAUUUCCAUGCUCAUUGUUCAGUGUUUAUUGCUGUCAAUCAAUGCUUCAAUCACUACCUCUCUAUUAAAUAUAUAAUGUAUAUGUACCAUAGCAAUGAUAGAGUAUUAGAGCAUUAUUGUUACUUCCUCUGUGUUGAAUGAGUUAAUGAUGCAUUUGGCAACAAGGGGAAUCUCUGGUGUAGAGACGGAUUAUUACUGUUUUAAAAGAAGAGGCUGAACUGGUCCUCUGAGUCCAGAGGGGAAGGUUUCCCAGUGUUUGUUUCACCUCAAUAUUUUCACUGUCCAAUUUUGGCUUUACAGGUGCAUCCCAGUGAAUUAGAAUGUAUUUUAAAAGGGGAUUUAUUUCAGUGAUUCAACUCAAAAAUAGAAUUUUUUUUAUAAAUUUACCACACACAGAGUGAUAUAAUUAAAAUAUUUUGUCCUAUUAAUAUUGACAAUUGUGGAUGAUUAUGGCUUAAUGUAUUGAAAAAGGAUAUUUAAUAGAGAUCUCUAUUGCUAGUUCUCUAUAAACCCUUAUCCACUCAUCCUUUUUACAAGGAGCAUAAGCCACAAAAUGUCAUUGCUGAAGAAGCUGAUUGCUUAGAGUGUAGAAUGCCAACACAUUUUUUUCCUUCCACUAAGGUUUCCAUCAUGGAAUACAGCUCUGUUAACUGGCAGCUUAUCUCACAAUUAUCUUUUACGACUUACCCUUCUUAAGGAGGGUGUCGGUGUUUCUUUCUCAGUUAGUCAUAACUUUUUGUGCAAACAGUAUGUGGACUCAAUACUUGGUUUGUUUUAGAACAUGAGGCUUUCUAAAACUUGCCAGUGAUUGGCUGCGCUGACUUAGACUUGAUAAAAUAGAGUGAACCAACCCCAGCAGAUGACAUGGUGUUGGUCCACCAUGUCAUCUCUGUACAAACUUCACUCUGGACAUCAAGCCACAAGGAUUUUGUCCCACUCCACUCUUCCCAUAAACAUUGGGACCUUCAUAUUCAAAUAAAAUACACUGUCCCUAUCGCUUUUGCGCUUGUAUUUACCAAACGUUGUCCUUCCGCUCAACUUUCCAUUAUUUUGUCAUAUCACCGGGUCAGACCCUGUCGGAACGGGCUUGUUCUUUCAUUUCAGAGGCAUCCUCGUAACUUUCCACAUGUAUCUUGAGUGACACUUGACAAAGAGAGCAGAGUCUGAAAAGUCGUUUGUUUCUUAUACAAACACAAGCUUGAUUCAAUGUAUGUAUAGAAGGAACACCUACUGCAUUGACUUCUUACAUACCCUUCAUUUGUUACACUUAGAAAACCAUUUAGAAACAACACUUAUAAAGUCAACUUGAUUAAAGGUGCUUUAUUUAUGAUGCUGUUUGUACACUCACUCCAACCACGUUUCUUCCUUCCACUGAACUUUCCAUUGAUAUGUUUCGACGGAGCUCUGCUAUCACCAACAUAUUUUGCAGUUGCCUUUUGAGAAGUAUAGUUUUUGUGGAGCAGUUCAGCAUAUGUCUCUCAAGUCAGCAAUUCAUAACAUAAUAUCCCAUAAAGACAUUUUUUUGGCCUUAUGUGAUAUUUUGAUAUUCUCUGAAACAAAAACUUGGGUUUUUAUUAGCAGUAAGCCAUAACCAUCAAAAUUAACAAGAACAAAAAAACUUGAAUGAUAUAUCUGAGAUUUGCUCUUUUUUUAUUGAACUACAGAAAUAAAUGAAGUACUUGAUUUUCUUAUUUACUGAGAUGCAUCUGUACUUAGGAUCACUCUGGGUGAAGUUACACAGGAUGGUUGGUACAAGUCCAUUUUUCUCUCAGAAUAAAAUUAUAAACACGAGUGAAUAACUAUCAGACACUCUUCACGUUUUAGAUACAAGAUCACUUAAAAUUAGCUUUAAACCCUCGAGUUCGUUAGUUUUAAAUUUUCUCCUGAAAAGUCCCUAAAUAAUUGUCGAUUUGACCGAUUGAGCGUUAGGCCAUAGUGAUUAACCUUGGGGUCUAUGGCAAAGAGACACUUGAAACAGUUCAGAAAAGCCUCCUUGUUCCCAUCAGAGUGGGAUUUUUCUACUUCUGCUUCAUCAGCGUAAAUAAUGACCUCAUAAUGAUGAGUCUGAGAAAGCUUAAUCUCCUUUUAAGCUCUUUCUGCAAAAGAAACUCUGCAUAUAUUUUCGUCUUAUUAGCUGCAGCCUCAUCAACCUGACUUUUUUUUCCUCAAUUUUAACAGAUGGUCCUGGUGCUCGGACCUCCGAGGUGGAAGAGGUUAAAGGUCUCCGUUAGGCAGAUUAGGUUACUUUUGGGUAGAGCCAGGCUAGUUUAGCCCUGUUUCUUUAUCUUAAUGCUAAACCCAACCACCCAGUUCAUGAACCAAAACACAUAUACACAGAAUAUACAUAGAUUAUGGUAUCAAUCCUCUUGUUUAAUUCUUGGGAAGGGAAUUUUUCUAUUUUAUUUUUUGGUUGUUUUUUUUGUGAUAUCACUUGCAGUCUUUCCUGUUUGGACAUGAAUAAUUUGCAUAAGCAUUUAACACUUUGUGUUUUAAGAUUAGGGAAUAUUUAAAUAAGCAAACAAAUGUCAGAGGGAAACCUGUGAGUAUUUGGACUGCAGUACAGAUUGCACUUCUAAUAGAGAUUGCAGAGCAUGUAUUGUAAGAUCAAUUCAUGAUAAAACAAUAAGUAAAAUCUAUUUUGAGGACCAACAGAAACAAAAUCACACAUUCACUUGAGAUGUACAAAAGUACUUACAACCUUCAGACUUUUUUACAUUUGGCCACAAUAACCACACAAGUGUCAAUAUAUUUUAUUUGUAUAGAUAUUCUUUUUUUUUUUAUGACAGAUACAAAACACUAGCUCGUGCAUAAUUGCAAAAUGGAAGGAAAAGUAUACAACAGCAGUCUCAGCUGUUUUCUCCUUUGGUCUGAAUUUGUUUAUUUUCAAAUUUUGCCACAGAGCCUCAAAAGGAUAGGUCUAGACUUUGACUGGGCCAUCCUAACACAAGUAGGCUAUAUUUUUAUCCAACCCAGCCCAUUGUAUUUCUGGCUGUGCUUUCUGGGGAUUUGUUUGCCAGGAGUUGUAAUGCUCUCCUUGCUGCCGCUGUGUGUUUAGACAAUGCCAUCUCUUAGUAGGUGGUGUGUACCAAUUUCCUUUCACUUUCCAAUUAUGUAGCACAAUCUCAAUAUAACACAUUUUAGCUUGGAGCUGCAAUGCAUUGCUUCACAAUAUAUCAAAGAGUUCAAGGUGUAUUAAUACUUUUGCACUCUGUAUAUUAUGUGUUAUGCACAUUUUCACCAAGCGUUGUUUUAAUGCAUGAAAUCUGAUCAGUUUGUCAGGAAACUUUUAUUCUACAAUCAUCUGGAUUUAUCUGCCCUGCCUCUUCAUGCAGACAUACAGUGUGGGCAUGUUUGUAUCUCUUAGAUGUCCUUCUCCUGUGUGAACGUCCAACAUCAGUGUGCUAUUUACUGUUAAGGUAAACUCUCUCCAGCUUACAGUGUCUGAAUAAACUCUAGUUACCCCCUACUGAACUCUGUAACAUCCUAUAACCUGUCAUAUCCAUACUGUGUAUGACAUAGUGAAAACAUUAGACAUAUUUAUAUCUUCAUUUUAGCUGUCCAUUACAACAAAUCUCUACUCUGCAAAUACUUUGUACUGCUGUAGCCUAUGUAGAGACAAGAAAGCAACACUCUUUUUUUGCUGCUACACCAUUUGUGCCCUUUUAUGAUGUCCUUGUAGAAAACGAUGCAGGUUUAUGUUGUAUUAACUUGUAAGUUAAUUGGUUCAUUGUCCUCAUUAAAAGUGUACUCUGCGUCCUUGCAUUUAUCCAGAAUUAUACCAGAAUACAACCAUGAUGUUACAGAUGUUAUUAAAGGAAAUGUCUUAUUUUUCA